AUGGUGGCUAUAGCUGAACCUGAUCACCCGAAGCCUCUGCAACAUCCUAUCGAUUCUCAACUGCUUGAAAGUAUAAACGCAUACCUACGCACGCUGUCAGCACAGGAGAUUCUCAAAUGGGGUCUAAACAACCUUCCAAAGUUAUAUCAAACUACUGCAUUUGGCCUGACCGGGCUAGUUCAGCUGGACAUGUUGAGCAAGCUGACCUCGAAUUCGCCUCCACUAAUCUUCAUCGAUACUUUAUAUCAUUUCCGAGAAACUUUGGACUUGGUUGAGGAAGUGAAGAAGAGGUAUGGACGUGAAGUACAUGUGUACAAACCAGAAGGAUGUGAGACGACAACGGAGUUCGAGGCGAAGCAUGGUGAACGGUUAUGGGAACGCGAUGAAACGACGUAUGAUUACCUUGUCAAGGUCGAGCCAGCCAGGAGAGCAUAUUCAGAGCUCCAUGUGCAAUCCGUCAUCACGGGUCGACGUGCCUCACAGGGCGCAGCACGGAAGUCUCUUCAGCCCCUUGAAGUCGACAACACGGGGCUGUUCAAACUUAACCCACUCUUCUCUUGGAACUUCGCCGCGGUCCAGGCGUAUGUUGAUGAACACAAUGUCCCAAGGAAUGCGCUUCUUGCUCAGGGUUACAAGAGCGUGGGCGACUGGCACAGCACGCAGAAGUCUGGCGGGGGAGAGGAGGGCGAGCGUGCAGGGAGGUGGGCGGGGAGGACGGAUAAGUCUGAAUGUGGACUUCAUGAGGAUUAUUUGGCGAUGCGGAUGAAGAUGCUGCAGAAGAAAGUGGGUGUUUUAAGAGGUUAG